UGUCCCGCUGAGUCAGAUGGACAGUUCCCAACUUAGAUGUAACAAACAGUCAGAGCAGAACUCCUACAUUCAAAGUGGUUGAAAACAAAAAGAGGACUCUUAACAUUUAGGCAACAACCACAAAAACUGGACCAAAGUCAAGAUGGAUGAACCUGAGAGUUUGGACUCUGAGAUGACGGAGCUACAGGAGUGUUCCUAUGAAGCACUGGAAUCUCUCAGCCAAGACGAUGAAGAUGAGGUGGAAGAACUUCAAAACAGUUUGCGAGAGGUUAUCCAGGACCAUUCGGUGAAGCCCAAACUACAGUGCCUCAUGGUGGAUCCUUCAUUCUCAAUGGUGACUGUGCAGAGUGAGGACAGUGGGAUUGUGUGGGAGACGGCCUCCAGCCGUUGCUCUACUCCCUGGGCGUCCGAGACCAGCUCUGUGUCAGAGGGGGGUAGCAUGGAGGGCUCCGGGGCAGCGGGCAAGAUCACCAUUAUCUUUGAUGAGGAGAAAGUGGUGCGGCGGAGGACCAGGUCUGGGAGGAGUAGCAGGCUCAGUGACAGAUUCAGCAGGCCGGGCAGUUCACGAUCCGCCUCGGCACUGGGAGUGGAGAGACUGGAGAUGAUGGAGGUUUCUCAGCCCAAUGUCAAACAGGACAAAACGGAGACUGAACCAGACCUGGAAGAGAUAAAGAGCAUGGACCAGCAGCUGUUCAGUUUGAUUUCUGAAGGCUAUGAGAUUCUCAACAUCAGAGUACCAUCUAAACUGCCCACUGUGGACGAGGAGGAAAGCACUGAGCUGAAAGAUAACCUAUCUUAUCUGGACCAGACUCCGAAGAUUAAGUCCAAAAACCACCACCAGUGGACCCCUGUUGAGGGAGAAGAGCUGCAGGAUGUGCAAUCACAAAAUGAGGACUCAAAAGAAGCUUCAGCCCAUCCACCAGCAAACUCAGAUUUCAAACCAGCUACAGAAGGCCCCGUUGACAUUGACUACUUUGAGAAGUUUACUCUGUUGGAUGUCGUGGCUCCUGAUGAACAGGCAGCAGAGGAACAGGAUGAAUGUGUAACGCCAGUACCACCCCCAGAACCAGAGCAGACCUCCAUAGACACAGACAAAAACAUCAGCCCCCCUGCCUCUGAAGAGUCCUUUGUUUUUGUGUCUGAUGAGGACAUUGUUGGAGAGCACCUGGAUGAAGUGUUUUAUGGAGAGGGCCCUCCUGCUGAUUUAGUGCAGCAAAGUGAAGAGGAUGCUAAAGGCGGGAGGAUGAGACGCCAGAGCUCUGUCAAAGAAAGUGGCUCAGUGUUAUUUGAAAGUGAGGAGACUGUUCUAACUCCUAUCUAUAUCUCCUCUGGCCCACCAAAGAUCAUUGACCCGAUAUUAUUGGAGGAACCCACUGCCAUGUCGUUUAUGUACUCUGAUCUUUACGAGGAUGCUAUGGGGGAGAGGAGGAGGAGCGAUGAGGAGUACUCCGAAGCAGAAAGCGUUACAUCUGAGAAAUCCUAUAAGAGAUGUUUGAUUGAUGAUUGUGAGGAAGCAGACAGUGACUACCUGGAGAAGUUUAUCUUGAAAGAUGAGACACCAAAUGUGGAGGUCCCAGCCAACAUUAUAGAUGACCAUAAAGGAGGAAGGAUGAUGUGGUCACAGAACGAGUUUCAGAUGAGUGGGUGUUUGACACGAGUAGUAGCAGAAGAAGAUAUUGAAGAGACAAAGAAGGGAGUUGAGAUAAAAGAGAUUAGUCCAUGUGAAUUUGAAACAGCCUCACAAUCAGCACUAUCACAGAUCAAACAUGAAAACAAAGUGUCAGCUCCUGAUCAGAAAGAACAAAUUGUAGAAAAGUCAAAAGUGAGUGAAGACAACCACAUUGAGAUUCAAAAGCCUCUGAGAGAAUCUCAAAAAAGUGAUGAAGUUGCACCUGAAGCAGAAAUAUCAGAAACUCCAAAGCAAGAAUCUAUUAUUGAGCAAAGCACUGAACUACAUCUACCAACUGACAAGAUGGAAAUAACAGAUGAACUAGCUACCAUAGAUACACAUGCCCCAGCUACAGACAUUCCUCAGACAGUCAUUCAAGGAGAUGAAACUCAAGUGUCAUCCAUAGUGGAUGCUCUAAUUGAAGACACAGUCCUGGAGAUUCCCAAAGAGAUCCAUAGGGAUUCAAGUUUAGAGGUCAGCGCUGACUGUGAGCCCCCCGUACAAGCACAUGUGGAAGUUAUUGAAAAAGGCAAAACAGAUAUGCAAACUCAAGUAUGCAUUAAUCUUCAAGAAGAAGUAAAUUUGGUAAAGAAAUCUACAUCAACAGUUGAGGAUUUGGGACAAGGGGGUGAAAUUACAACACAAGAUGAUGACAAGAUGGAACCACUGGAGAAGCCAAUAGAAGGUAUCAAACAAGAAGAAGUUCCUAGUGAAGAAUCAGUUGCUCCUGAGAUCAGGGCUGAUGUGGUCAAGGAGAUGGUCAAUGUUGGUGAACUCAUACUGCUUGUUCCCAAAGGACAAGCAGUUGAAAUGGAUAUUGAGAUCAGCCCACAGCCAGAUAUGAGUCAGGCAGAUCAGGAAGUAGAUCAGAUAGACGAUAAGUUGGAACCAAUAAUGGAGAUUGUGACGCAGCUGGAAAGCGAACUUGUGUCUAAAUUAAAGGAAAAAACAGCUAUUGCAAAAGAAGAUGUACAAGUAUUCCAAGAGCCAAUAAUGGAAACACAAAAAUAUGAAGUAGAAGAUAAAGCAAAGGAAGAUAUUGAAGCUAGUGUCGAUGAAACACUUUUGUCCAUGGAUCAGAGCCAUGAAGCCAAAGAAAAGGAAGUAGCUCAGACAGAUGAUAACUUGGAACCAAUAUCAGACAUUGUGACACAGCUAGAGAGCGAAAUUGUGUCUAAAUUAAAGAAACAAAAUACUAUUGCAAAAGAAGAUGUACAUUUGCCAGAGGAGAUCAAGGAAGCUGAAUUUGAUUUGGAAAAACAAGAAAUUGUGUCAUCAAUACCAAGUAGCAUUCUUCAAAAAGAAAUGCCUAGUGUAGUCCAAGGGCCAUUAAUGGAAACCCAAAAACCUGAGGUAGAGGAUAAAGUAAAGGAAGACAUUGAAGCUAGAGUAGAUGAAACACCUGUGUCCAUGGAUGAAAGUCACAAAGCUGAACAAAAGACAGAUUUGAAGGAACCUAUCUGUAUACCUGCACAGGAAAUACCAGUAACUGUGCCAGAAACAAUUACACAAGUACAAACAGCACCUCAGCUGCAAGAAAAAGAAGACACUGCUAUAAUAACGGAUACAAAAGAUGAAGAUGUAACAACUGUUCUUACUGAGGAAUGCCUGGAAGCUGAAAAGAUUGAUAAGAUUGUGUCAAAAAUGGAAGCAGUACCUACAAUUGAAGUUGAUUUGCCCCCUGCUUCAGAGGAGGAAGGACAAAAUGUUGCUUUGGAAGAACAGAUGAUAGCUUCUGUAAGCACUGAAACAACAAAGCAGGAUUGGUCUAUUUCACCCAAUGAGGCAGAGACAGAGGAGCUCGACUAUGAGAUUGUAAAUAAACAAGAAGGUGAAGAAUCACACGACAUUGAACCAGAGGGCCCAAAACAAGAUUUAGAUCAACAUAAAGAAAUUAUAAGUGAGGAGCUGGAGGAGGAAGAUCUUGAAUGUAAAGAUGGUCCUGCUGAAGAAGAGACACUAGAGGGUGAUGUAGAGGAGGAGACAGGCUUACGCUCCACUCUGAAAAGGUUUACACCACUGCAAGAUCUCUCUGGAUUACAUGCAGGAGAUGUGAAUCUAGAAACAGCUGAUGUAGAAGAAAAUGCAUUGGAACUAGACCAUCAAAUGGAUAUAACUGAAAAUGUACAAGAUGUCUGCAUGCAAGAAGUGGCAGCAGAUGAUGAGAAAAAAGUGAGCCCUGAUGUCACUAUGGAGUAUGAAAUUAUAACUAAACAAGUGGCAGCAGAUGAUGAGAAAAAAGUGAGCCCUGAUGUCACUAUGGAGUAUGAAAUUAUAACUAAACAAGACACUAUGGAGAUGGCACAAGUUGAAAUGGAAGAUGAGAGUGUAGAGAUGGCAAAAGAAGAUGAAUACAUGGAGGAAGUUCUGGAUAGGACAUCGGACACAGAGGAGGUUAUGGAGGUGGACUAUGAGACCAUUGAUGCAGAAGAGGAGCGUCAGGCCCAACUGGCAGCUGAGCUGGAGGGACUGGACUGGUACUGCCUCACCUGUGGGUGUCUGCUGUCAGAGCAGGAGAAUGGGCCACAUAAGGGCCACGAGGUCACUUCAGUGGACAAAGCCUAUGAAGAGAUCAUGGAGAAGUUGAGUGAUUGGAUUUCGGAGCUGCAGGGGAGAUCUGAAAACAUUGAGGACCUGGUGUCUGAGCUGGAGCUGGCAUAUAACUCUGUGGAGGACCAGUUUCAUGAGAGUGAGGCAGAAAUGCAGGCUCAGAAUGAGGAGAUGAUGGCCCUGGUGAUGGAGCAGUACAACAGUAUGUCUGUGAGUAUGGAGGAGGAGAAGAAGGCCAAGCUGGAACAGCUCUACGACCAAAUAGUGUCAUUCCAGGAGAGCAUUGACUCUGCUAAAAGCACCCUGGAGACUACAGCCAGAGAGGCAGAGACCGAUGCACGGUCACCUGAGGACAUUUGUGCAAGGCUGACAGCAGCUUUACACUCUGCCAUGUCUCUUGAGCUUGGACCCAAAGGACUGCUAGUAUUUGAGGACUAUGCCAAGGGCAACACUUCUAGCUCCCAGCUAGCACAGCGUAAAGGAAUCGCAGUGCCUCAAAGACCGACUCUUCAGGUCCAGGAGCCAGGCUCAGCCACCAGCUCCAGUGUCACUGUCUACUGGAAGGUCAACCCUGAAGAUGUCAUAGACUGCUUUCAGGUGUACUGCAUGGAGGAUCCACAAGGAGCUAUAUCAGAGGAAUACCGCGUGACAGUAAAGGAAAGUUAUUGUGUUUUGGAGGAACUGGAGCCUGACAAGACAUACAAGGUGUGGGUCAUGGCUGUCAACUACACAGGCUGCUCUCUGCCCAGUGCACGACUCGUCUUUAAAACAGCUCCAUCAGUGCCUAUGAUUGACACUGAGAAGUGCACUGUCACGUGGGACACAGCCAUUUUGAGGUGGAGCUCAGUGCAGCAGACCUCUGGACUGUCCUACACACUGGAGUACUGUCGACAGUAUGAACUGGAGGGAGAAGGCCUGAGAACCAUCUCUGGUAUUACAAACUUUGAACAUAAAGUCCUUCUUCAACCGAAUGAAAAUUAUCUGUUCUACAUAAAAGCUGUGAGUGAGGCUGGUUCUAGUGAGCAGAGCGAAGCUGCGCUCAUCUCUACUAAAGGAACAAAGUUUCACCUGCAAAAAGCAACAGCCCAUCCUGCUCUGGAGCUGUCUGUGGACCAGACCACCCUGCACUACUCUCAAGACACACAUGACAACAUGCCAGAUAAAGCGAGUCCAUCCAUCCUGGGCGAGCAGCUCCCAAUGAGAGGCCACUAUUACUGGGAGAAUGAUGUUUCAAGAUGCACUGACUACAGGCUGGGGGUGGCUUACAGCUCUGCCAAAAAAGACAGUCCUCUGGGAGAAAGUCAGUUGUCAUGGUGCUUGCAGUGCACUCCCACACCAUUGGGUUGCAGUUAUCACUUGGUGCACAAUUACAUCCACUCAAGUUUAUUUGUGAUUGACUUACCUGAACGGGUGGGUAUCUUCUUGGACUACCAGUUUGGCCGUUUGUCCUUCUACAAUGCUCAGAGUGGUCAGCUGUUGGGGUCCUUCUCUAAACGCUUCACCCAGCCAUGUCAUCCUGCAGUAGGCAUGGACACUCCAGGGAGUGUGGAGGUAUGCAUGGUUCAGGAGGUGCCAGAGUUCAUUAAAGACAGCUAGCUUUGAAGAUAUUGUGUGCAAAUUAUACUAAAUUAAUAGGUGCAUUUUCGUAUGAUGAAAAUUCAAUGUAAAACAUAUAUUUUGACAGUAUAAUGAUUUUAUGAUGAUCUACCUUUCUGUGAAUAUUUAAGCCACUGAGCAUAAUGUGAACUCUAAAUAUGACAGCGUUUUAAUUUUUGAUUUUUUUUUUUUUGAUUGUACAUUUUGAAAUUUAUGGCUAAUCUGAGUGUUUUUUCAUCUAUGGAAAAGAAACUCAACAAAGUGCACUUUUGAAAUGGUAUUUCAUGUGAAUUUGUGUAAAUAGAUCCAUUCAGAUGUAUAUUUUGUAUAUAAAUCAAAUAGUAUGAGCUUAAUGCUCUGCUUGAUUGAAUUAAUAAAUUAUAUUAUUUUCAAUAGC